UUCUUCAAUUUAACCUUUUGGAUAUCUCUCUCUUUCCAACUUCCAAAAAUAUUACAUUGACAUUUGUGUGUAUGUUGUUGAGAUGAGCAGUGAAUGAGUUGAUGCAGAUACCCCCAAAAUGGCAAGACAUCACACUGCUACUUCCUCAAACUUCAAACCCAGAUCUCCGUUACUACUUUUUCUCCUCGCCUUUCUCGCUCUCACUCUCCUCUUCUACAUCUUCUCCUCCUCCUCCUACUCUUCCUCCCCGCACUCCGCCGGCCACGUCAUCUCCUCCGCCUCCUCCCGGAACCCUAACUCCGUUCCCGAUUACUCCUUCGUAACUUCACUCGAAAAAUUCCUAACCAAAUCUCAGCGAUCCGGAGUUUCUACUGAAGAUACAGUUUCAGGAACGACGUCGAAGGAGGAUGCUAGGAAGCUGGAUGAUUCCAUUUGGAGAAAUGAGAAUCGGAGGAUUUUUGAUGAACCGUUUUACCCUGCUUAUGGGUCUUUGAGAGUUUAUGUUUACGAAAUGCCGAAGAAAUUUACUUAUGAUUUGCUUUGGUUGUUUCAUAAUACGUAUAAGGAGACUUCUAAUCUUACCUCUAAUGGUAGUCCUGUUCACCGCUUGAUCGAACAGCAUUCAAUUGAUUAUUGGCUGUGGGCGGAUUUGAUAGCGCCAGAAUCGGAGAGGUUACUGAAAAAUGUUGUUAGAGUACAUAAGCAGGAGGAAGCUGACCUGUUUUACAUUCCGUUUUUCACUACUAUUAGCUUCUUUUUGAUGGAGAAACAGCAAUGCAAGGCUCUUUAUAGGGAGGCUCUGAAGUGGGUUAUGGAUCAACCAGCUUGGAAUAGAUCCGAGGGAAGAGAUCACAUACUUCCAGUUCAUCAUCCUUGGUCUUUCAAGUCUGUCCGCAAGUUUAUGAAGAAAGCUACUUGGUUGCUCCCUGAUAUGGACUCAACAGGGAACUGGUACAAGCCUGGGCAAGUUUAUCUUGAGAAAGACCUGAUACUUCCUUAUGUCGCCAAUCUUGAUCUAUGUGAUGCAAAAUGUUUAUCUGCAUCAAGGAGGACAACAUUGCUAUUUUUCCGUGGAAGACUUAAAAGAAAUUCUGGUGGUAAGAUACGUGCCAAACUUGUGGAAGAGCUUCGCGGUGCAGAUGGAGUAUCCAUCGAGGAGGGAACUGCUGGAGAAGAAGGAAAGGCAGCAGCACAGAGUGGCAUGCGCAAGAGUAUAUUUUGCCUAAAUCCAGCUGGUGACACCCCAUCAUCAGCCAGGUUGUUUGAUGCAAUUGUCAGUGGCUGCAUUCCUGUCAUAGUUAGCGACGAACUAGAGCUUCCUUUUGAGGGGAUUCUUGAUUAUCGGAAGGUAAUGGCUUUCUUUUUGGAACAUAGCCUUUGAUGCAUGCUUUAUGGAAAUCCCUAAUAUAAAUUUAAGAUUAUUGGCCAUCAUAAUUGGAAGGGGAGCCUUGGAGGAAUUGGUAAAGUUGUGGUCAUGUGACCAAGAGGUCACGGGUUCAAGCCUUGGAAACAACCCCUGGCAGAAAGCAAGGUAAGACUGCAUACAAUAGACCCUUGUGGUCGGGCCCUUCCCUGGUCCCCCGCAUAGAGGGAGCUUUAGUGCACCGGGCUGCCCUUUUUUUUGGUCCUCAUAAUUGGUAGCUCAUAAUAGGAAGUGCCAGUCAAGAAAGCUGCAGUAUCUGUUCAAGGUCGGUUGUAAUUUUGAUGGCCUAGGAGGAAGUUACAUCGGUCAAUUUUUAGUAGUUUUUGGUUGUCUAUGAGGAAGUUGCAUCUAUUAAUUUAUACUACUUAGUUUACUGGGGAACAUUAAGUUUCUGUGGAAAUUGAUGUUCCCUCCGUUUCAAUUUGUUAGUCUUCCCUUUUAAAUCCGUUUCAGAAAGAAUGCCUCCUUUCCUUCUUUGACAACUCCUUUAUUCUAAUUUUACACAUGGCAUGUUUUAGACCACAAGAUUUCAAAGUAUUCUUUACUUUCUUAAACUCCUUGUCAAGUGAAAACCAGACAAACAAAUUGAAACAGAGGGAGUAUGUGAUACUCACUCGCCCUGUGAUCAGUUUUCUCGAAACUACCUACUCCUACUCCUGAAGUGUCGUAUGACAUGGAUUUCUGUUUUUGAUUGUAAUUGCAUUGAAGCUGGAAUUCAUCUUUCUUUUCAAUCAUAAAUUUCACGCUCUUUACCCAACAAAGUUCCUCCCUCCUCCAUAAAGGAGAGUGAACGUGGAGGGAAGGAUGAAGAAAUGAUUGCACAUUGUGUAUCUCUCACUCUUGUUUUUCU